AUGUCGUCCGACACCGUUCUCCCAGGCCAGCCAAUCCCGCUCCCGCGGGGGCCUGUCCCGCAGCUCGGCGGCGGUACCUACAUCCGCGAUGGCACCGUCAGGGCAAGUCUCGUCGGCGUCCCUCAGUACUCAGGAUCUACUUUGGAAAUCAAGCGCACGCGCCCUCACCCACCAGCUCCGAACUCCGUCGUGCUUGGCUCUGUCACCCGCUUGUCGCCUCUGCAGGCUGUUUUGUCGAUUAGUGUCGUAGACGGCGUGCCUCUACCGGCAGGCGAAGAGUUCACUGGCGUCAUCCGUGUGCAAGAUGUCCGGGCGACCGAGAAGGACAAAGUAAAAAUUGCCGACUGUUUUCGUGGAGGGGACGUUAUUAGAGGUCUUGUGCUUUCUUUGGGGGAUGCUCGCAGCUACUAUGUCACCACUGCUCGGAAUGACCUUGGGGUUAUUUUCGCCACUAGCGAAGCUGGUGCCACGAUGGAACCCGUCUCGUGGCAAGAAAUGCGUUGUCCAAAGACCGGUAAAAUCGAGAAGCGUAAAUGCGCUAAGCCGGAAGGCAUGUAGCUAUGGUAGUGGAGAUUACUCGAUGUACCGGUCUAUUGUAUGUAAUGUUAGUGCCGUCUCGCUUCCUUAUCACGUAUGCUCGUUGCCAGCCAUAUGGACAGGGGAGCGAACUCGGUAGUCUC